AUCAGCGGCGCCGUUGACGUCUGUCACGUCCGGUCACGUCUCGACUUUACGUCGGCAGGGUAGGAAGUACGCCGAGCAGACAGUCCGUGAUGAUCUGGUGGUGAUGGAGCUCUGUCGAGGCGACAGUGCUCGUUAUGAUGAUAUCUGACACUUCCAGUCACAUUAUGCAUAUUUCGUUAGCUUGAAACGCGAUGUGACUGCGGAUUCGAGUCAGACAUGACUCGGAUGCUUGUGGCCAGCUAGCUAGCUGUUAGCUUAGCCCUCAUCCAUCCUGCUACGGUGAGAGAGCUCCAGCGGGCAGCUAGCAGCUGAGCUGAUCCGCCGCUGCAGCACCACACAGAGCCCGGCGAGAGGAUGGGGAGGCCUUAAAUGACAGAUCGGCGACGGUGUGUUCAGUCAUCAAAUUCAGACAUGGCGUCGCAGCUCCAGGUGUUCUCCUCUCCCUCUGUGUCCUCCAGUGCCUACUCUCGUUCAAAGAGGCUCAAAGUGGAGAACCCUACAUGGGAUGUGUCCAACCAGCUGGGAGAUAAUGGUUACUACCAGCAGAGCCCCACCCAGGGAACUGCACCCUCCACUUCUGGCUCCAACUUCAACCCAGUGUACAACUCCAACCAGGUGCAACCGCCGACAGCNGGCUCCCGGGAGCAGACAGUGGUGCGGGCAGCAGACAGCACAGGUAGCCUUCGUGGACCUCCCUCCUCCUCUUCGUCCUCCUCUUCCAGCCGUCGUGUGAAGGAUGCCGAGUCCUCCUCCCAGCCGUGCGACCUGUAUCACAAGCAGUACAGCUUGAAGCGGAAGAGCGAGGAGGUGGACAGCAGCGACAGCGUCCAGAUACUGGAGGAGCUCUCAGCGCCUGUGGUCUCAAACCGCACUGGUGGUGGAGGGGGAACCACCACAGCUCAGUCCAUAGCACAUUCCACUUCUACCACAAAGAGCAGCAACUCCCACAGCGAGGGCGACUACCAGCUGGUCCAGCAUGAGAUUCUGUGCUCGAUGUCUAACAGCUACGAGGUGCUCGAGUUCCUGGGACGCGGCACCUUUGGCCAGGUGGCAAAAUGCUGGAAGCGGGGCACAAACGAGAUUGUGGCAAUUAAAAUCUUGAAGAACCAUCCUUCUUAUGCUCGGCAAGGUCAAAUUGAAGUGAGCAUCCUUAGCAGGCUGAGCACAGAGAACGCCGAUGAGUUCAACUUUGUCCGCUCAUACGAGUGUUUCCAGCACAAGAACCACACGUGCCUUGUGUUUGAGAUGCUGGAGCAGAACCUUUACGACUUCCUGAAGCACAGCAAGUUCAGCCCGCUGCUGCUCAAGUGUAUACGACCUAUUCUGCAGCAGGUCGCCACAGCACUGAUGAAGCUGAAAAGCCUGGGACUGAUCCACGCCGACCUGAAGCCUGAAAACAUCAUGUUAGUAGAUCCUCUGAGGCAGCCGUACCGAGUGAAAGUCAUUGAUUUCGGCUCUGCCAGCCACGUGUCCAAAGCAGUUUGCUCCACCUAUCUGCAGUCACGGUACUACAGAGCUCCGGAGAUCAUUCUGGGACUUCCUUUCUGUGAAGCGAUCGACAUGUGGUCUUUGGGAUGUGUCAUUGCUGAGCUGUUCUUGGGAUGGCCCCUUUAUCCUGGUGCCUCAGAGUAUGACCAGAUUCGUUACAUUUCACAGACCCAGGGCCUUCCAGCAGAGUACCUGCUGAGUGCAGGAACCAAGACCAGCCGUUUUUUCAACAGAGGCCCUGACUCGAGCUACCCCCUCUGGAGACUCAAAACACCUGCAGAGCAUGAGGCGGAGAUGGGCAUCAAGUCAAAGGAGGCAAGAAAAUACAUCUUCAACUGUCUAGAUGAUAUGAUGCAGGUGAACAUGACGAGUCUGGAGGGGACUGACAUCUUGGCAGAGAAGGCAGACAGGCGGGAGUUCAUAGACCUGCUAAAGAAGAUGUUGACACUAGAUGCGGACAAAAGGAUCACGCCCAUGAAGACACUGAACCACCCCUUUGUUACCAUGACUCACCUGCUGCACUUCCCUCACAGCUCACAUGUGAAGUCCUGCUUCCAAAAUAUGGAUAUAUGCAAACGCAGAUGCAGCGCCUUUGAGAACGGAAAAAAUAUGUUUGCUAGCAACAAUACCCCAAGUGCAGCCACCAACCUCACUGUCACCUUCAGUAGCCAACUAAACCAGCACAAUCAGAUGGCCUCUGCAGGAGGCCAGUCCCUGUCCCUAAGCAGUAAUGUCCCAUUGCUGAACUACCAGCCUGGCCUCUACCAGCAGGCCACCAUAAACAUCCCUGGCCUAACCCAGCAGGGUGUACCCCUGCAGACCAGACCCACCCAGCUCUGCACCCAGACUGAGCCCUUCCAGCAAACACUCAUAGUUUGCCCCCCCACCAUCCAGGGUCUUCAAACAUCCAAUAAGACCUCUGGUUAUCCAGUGAGAAUGGACAACUCAGUACCCUUAGUUCCUCAGAACCAGUCAUCCCAGUCCCUUCACAUCCAGCCCAGCAUGCUGGCACAGCAGGGUUGGCCAGCAGGCACACAGCAGAUCCUCAUCCCUUCCACAUGGCAGCAGAUGCCAGGCAUGGCCAUCCACAACCCUGGGCAGGCUGUAGUGCCCGACUCACCCGUGGGAGCCUCUGUCUCCGACAGUCAAGCCUCUGGCUGGAGGGGUCGCAAUGGAAGCCAGUAUGAUGGCGUCAGCCAGCAGGACUCUGGUGUUGGCCGUCACGCUGCCUCCCAAAGCCACAACUCGGGGGCAGCACAGUCAAGAGCCCAACAGGGCAAGAGGUCAAAGGCUCGACAUGCUGAGAGCAGAGCCAGGCCUGUAUCGUCAGUGCUGUCUGCCACCACUGUGGUCCACAACACUCCAGCUUUUGCUGGUGACCAGUCUCAACCCAUCAUCAUCUCUGACACACCUAGUCCUGCUGUCAGCAUCAUCACCAUCCACAGCGACUCUGAAGAUGAGGAUGACAGGAAGUUCCCUGCAUCCUGCUCUGGAACUAGCCAAAGGACCAAUGUAAUCAGCUGUGUGACGGUACAUGACUCCCAUGACUCUGACUCCUCCACCAGCAGCCCCCUGAGCCCCAAGACCACAUCACAGCCCACCAAGUCUCUGGCCAUCAUAAUGCCCUCUGUGAAGAGCCAGCCAGGGGAGAGCACAACCCAUAAAGCUCCAGCAGCUUCAGAUCAAGCUACAAGUGGCUCUGGAAAGUCAAAGAAGAGUUCAACUCAGCAGUCCAGUCGCCCAGGAGAUCCCAACACUGAUCGCAAUCAACGGGCUGCAUCUAGCAGAUCUCAGCCUCUUAACCUGAGUCAGGUACAGCAGUCUGUGCUGUCAUCAUCCCAGGACCAAACAGGAAGUAGUAGUUCCCUGAGGCGGCAGCCCACAUACCCACCUCCCGUCACCUCUCACUCAUCCUACAAUGCCAUCUUCAGCUCAACCCCAAACCUGUACGCUUACCCGGCAUCUGCUGCCCUGGCCUCUGUGUCCCAAGCUGUCGACCAGAUGCAAGGUGGCUCGUCCCGCCACAGCAGGGCGAGCGGCACUUACUCUUCCCUGGCACUGCUCCAGAAGAACGGCAGCCUGGCACUGGGAGGGCCUGCUCCGGGACAAUAUGGCAACCACCCCCAACAACAGCAGCAGCAGCAGCAGCUGGGAGGGCAGCCUUUCCACCACUCCAGUGCUACCUACCAGCGAAAACUCAACCAGUAUCCCUACCUGUAAAGACCGAUGGCUGAUUGAGACUGUAGCUCUGCAUGAAGCCCAAAUGGAGACCGAAACUAGAGGGGAGCACAAGCUCAUCACAGGUGGCUGUGAUUACAUUCGUUUUCAACUCAACUUUUAACUUUCCUUUACUGUCCAAUCCAUAUUUCAUAAUAAUCAGAGAAACAGAAUGUGUUUAUAUUUUAAUCAUGGUCCAUUUUUUUUAAAAAUAAAUUCCAACUUUGGGGGGGGGGUUGCAUUACAUAUGGUAUGUAAACGACAACAAACAGUGCAGUCUGUAAGUAUCUAAACAGUGACAUUUCUGUUGGCACUGUACUACACAUUGUAAAAUGAAAUAAUAAGUAUGAGGUUAGUGCCAACUUUCACCUUUAUUUUAGGGGGUUUACAUCCAUGUUAGUUCUGACUGAUCAAUCUUAUUUUCAUCAUUAUCAAGCGAUCAAUAAGAAAACUUUUUAUUUGGGGAUGGAUUCCAAAAUCAGGUAUUAAAAUUGUCCCAAGGGCUAAAGACAGUAGUAUUUAUCCUCUUUCCUGCUCUGUGUGAGGGGUGAGCUCCUACACACAGAUUACUGUAAGUGCAAUAAAACCUUCACAAAGUUAAAAAAGCCAAUACUUGAUCAAUACUAGUAAUAGCUUAUAAUAUAUAAUUAAUACUAAUAGCUGUUUUAAGUCAGCAGUCUGUCAUCCUCUGUCACUGGGUUUUACACGAGCACAGUGUGCUAGCUCAGCUUAUAUGGAAUUGUUACUAAAACUAAGACGAAAGCUGACUGUAGUCUGUUUAGCCGAGUUCACCCUGUGCGUUAAAAUUUGAUAAAGUCUUGUAAACCUAACUGCUGGCUGAGACAAACCAGCCCCUCCUGACAGGAGGAGUCACAGUAGCAAAGGACAGGAGGAAGGACUGAUGUUUUUUUUUUUUUCUUAACUUCACUCAGUAUUUUGAUGUCAGGAAUGUGAUUUAUUUUACGGACUAUAUAUAUAGUGACUUUGCCGUUGUAAACUUUACUUUUGCUGCUGUAGAAACAUUGUUAUAUUUUAAAUAUUCAGUACUGUUCUGAAGUUAAAAGACAACCAGUCUGACAUAGGAACUAAUAAGUACACUUCAAUAUUUGUUUAUUUAUUGCAAGUCAUAUCACAAUGACACAAGUCAUAGCACAAUAUUGAACAAUGUUAUCGCACAUUUUCCUCAUUAUGCAGGCCUAAUCAUCCAAUGAAAUCAGUAGAAAUUGUAGCUCUUUUUAUAUGAAGUCCCCAAAUAAAGUUACUUACAGACUGCGACUUCAAGUUGAUGUUUAACAAAACCUCUUGUUUUUUUGAGAAGUGUGAAACUGGAUCUUGCUGCUUUCGAUUAUCAUUAAAAAUAAUUGGUUAAAAGUUGCAUUUACAUAUACGCAAUCGCCUUACUCCUUUAGGCCAAUGUCUUAUUUAUAAGAAUAUAAGUUAGAUAAAUAUGUUGUAUGUUUCAUUUAUGAAUGUACUGUGUGUGUUAUCUGUAUUAUGGAGGGGGGGGGGGGGAGAAAGUAAGACAUGUACUGUAUAAUGUGUCACUGUGUUGUACAAAUGUUUUCCUAUUUUGUUUUAGUACUGGCCAUUGACUUGAUUAUAUUUAUAUGUUCAGUAUGUUGAAUGAUGCAGUACGUAAAGUACAGUAGGGUGUGGUUUUUAGAGGGGACUGUCAUGUUUUUUACAGUUUUAAAAUUAUUCUUAAGGUUGCAUGUGUCUGACAUGGAGUAGCAUUCAAGACAGGUUUGUAAACUGCAGCUUCAACUGAUUUUCAGUGUUGCUUGCAGAAGGAUUAUUAAUGUUAUCUUUGAUUUGUACAACAAACACUUUAAUGAUAUUGGGAAAUGUAAAAGCGCUUGUCUUGUGAAGUGAUGUUUGUGAAGUAAAGCGUGCACAUCAAAUCUGAUUGAGUAUCACCAUCAUGUAAAAAGCCAUUCAGAUUGCAAUUUUAAAAUUCACAGUAAUUUGUUUGAAUUGUGAAUAGUCCAAUCCGACAAAGAUGAUAAUUUUAAUGAAUUGAUGUUUAGUAUGUAAUUGCUUCUAAACAAAUCAUUGGUUUGGUGAAAUGAUGGUUGUUCUUACAAUCCUGCUGUGUUGUGAAGUGCUACAUUACAUAGAACACACAAUGAACCUUAACCCGUAUCUACGCAAUAAAAUCUUACCAAAACAGAA